AUGAGACAAGUAGUGCCAAUCAAACCCUACCAAGAUGUCCUCGAUUUCUGGUUCGGUCGGAAAUCUGCUCGCGAUUAUCUGAAAGAGAAGUCCUUCUGGUACGGCAGUCCAACAGACGAUGCCUACGUACGCAAAAGCCUCGGCGAAUCAUAUGAAGAGGCCAAGAAUGGCAGUCUCGACGAAUGGAUGCGCGAAGGCGAAGGCGCCUUAGCCUUGAUUCUACUCCUCGAUCAAGUCCCCCGGAACAUCUUUCGCGGAACACCACAGGCAUAUGCCACGGAUUCCAAGGCCGUGACAGUCGCGCGUUAUGCGAUAGAGCGGAAAUGGGAUAAAGAACUUCCGACUAUUCAAAGGCGGUAUAUGUACUCGCCUUUCAACCACUCAGAGGAUUUGAAAGAUCAGGAAUAUUCAGUUAAGCUAUUCACUGAAUUGGGGGACUCAUAUCAUUUACAUUGGGCGAAGGACUUCCGUGAUCAAAUUGGACGGAAUGGGCGCUUCACGCAUCGGGACAGUAUCUUAGGAAGGUCCUAG